AUGAAACUAUCAGAACCUCGAGUGUGGAAGUCGGAGGGAGGCAAAUUUAUGUGUCUAGCCUGCAAAGAUGGACGCCAGCGUGACUUGCGAAGUGCACUGCGACACGAAAAUAUCAACGAUCAUCUCACUGCGACAUCAUUUUAUCUCGCUCCAAUUGAGGCUGAUUCAGUCUCUGCCACAUUUGAGUCGAACUUCCACUCUGAGAUCCCUAGUGGCCCUCUAUCGAUGGCGCUCCAAGGUAUUGCAAGUAAUUCUACAAAUUCGCCGCCACCGCCUUGCUCCAAUCCUUUCGCUCCAAGUAAUGUCCACGAGCCGUUCCUUGACUUUGGCGUGCUUGGAGACGAACGGUCAAACUGGCAGCUCGAACCUGCAGGCUUCGAUUCCGCAGUAUCUGCAAGCGCGGCCUCCCUUGAAGACUGGCUGGCAGACCGACGGUCAAACGAUGGUAGCAGCGACGACAGCAGCAGCCAGGGGGAUGUUGAUAGUGACACGGAGACUUUCAAUUCCGAAAUUGCCUUGGGAAGGCAGCAUGCCCGGUAUUCAAAAACGUUCGAGAAGGAAAACCCCAAUUGGUUUCCUUGGCCGGACAAGGAGGCGGAGAUACAGCGACGCUGCGGUAUUCGGUCGUUAAGAUUUGAAGGUUUGUGGUCCUUCAUCCCGUCGUAUUUCAAUUUGAAGAUGUUUGGGCAGAGCUACAUUAUUGCGAAUGCAAGACAGCUAGGGUUUGACAACAUAAUAGGUUUCAAUGCCAGAGAGAAGGUUUUGCGAGAGGCCAUUAAGUUGAAGUGUAGCACCGCACGAGCUCAGCUUCGCACAAAUAUCAUCCACACGAUCUCAGGAAAGAAGAGAUAUCCAUUGGACAGGGCGGCAGUCUUUCUUGCUGAGAAGCUUAAGCGGGGUGGAGUUACCAAUAAGCUCAAGGUUGAAUACAUUCUCCGAGUCGCCCUUCUGCGGCGGUUUGCUUCGGAUGAUGCUCAAGAGGACACCAGGCGUGGAAAACAGCAACACGAACAAGAUGAAGAAGAUACCGCAGGUGAUGACUCAGAUGGGGAGCGGCCAACCAAGCGUAAGAAGAAAAAUACAUUCUGGGACCGGCGCGAUGCCUACAUUGCAGACAAAAUCAAGCGCAAUGGCAAUCAGAUGGACAAUGCGGGCUGGAAGCUGUUCUUAAGUAACCUUGUACAACAAGACAUCGAACAAUGGGGGCCCCUAGACGGUCAUGUGCGUGCUGAGGCACUGCCAAUACCUUCACCCUCGAGCGCUUCCCCAUCAUCCGCAAGACAUGUCAGCAGUGCAAGAAGCCUACGAUAUUCAGUACCGCCGGCAUCCGAUGCUUCUGUCUUUUCCUCCGCUCUUUCGACUCCUUCCCCACUUCCGCAACGCCCAUCUGCAAUGUUUCCGGUUCAUGAAGACUAUACUUCACAAACUCAGCAUCCUUCUAGAAGCAAUAUACACUCUAUCAUGAAUUAG